AAGAGGCAAUAAUGGAGUACCACAAGGGAGAGAAUGUGAUGAGGAGUGAAAAUAUUAUGCAGGGAGGAGCUCAAGACAACACUGUUGAUUGGCGCGGCAAACCUUCCAAACCUCACACCCAUGGUGGGAUGAGGGCUGCAACUUUUGUUCUCGGUCUUCAAUGUUUUGAGAUAAUGGCAAUAGCAGCAGUGGGGAACAACCUCAUAACGUAUGUGAUAAACGAGAUGCACUUCUCAUUGUCAAAGUCAGCAAACGUAGUGACAAACUUUGUUGGAACUGUCUUUCUUUUGGCCCUUCUUGGUGGAUAUCUUUCCGAUUCUUAUCUUGGGAGUUUCUGGACCAUGCUCAUCUUUGGCUUCGUUGAACUUUCAGGCUUCAUAUUACUCUCAGUCCAAGCUCAUAUGCCUCAGUUAAUGCCACCCAAAUGCAACACAACCAAUGGAGAUCUUUGUGAAGAAGCCAAAGGUUUCAAGGCCUUAAUAUUCUUCUUAGCACUUUACUUGGUGGCUUUAGGGAGUGGCUGUGUUAAGCCCAAUAUGGUAGCCCAUGGAGCUGACCAGUUCAAUCCAGAUCAGAGCCCAAAUCAAAGCAGGAAGCUCUCCUCCUACUUCAAUGCUGCCUACUUAGCCUUCUCCAUUGGUGAACUCAUAGCUCUCACUGUCCUUGUUUGGGUCCAAACUCACUCCGGCAUGGACGUCGGUUUCGGAGUCUCCGCCGCAGCGAUGGCGAUGGGGCUCAUCAGCUUGGUCUCCGGUACUUUGUAUUACCGGAAUAAGCCUCCUCAAGGAAGCAUUUUCACCCCUAUUGCUCAAGUAUUUGUGGCCGCAAUAUUGAAAAGAAAGCAGGUUUGUCCAUCAAACCCACAAAUGCUUAAUGGAAGCCAAAACAACAACUUUGUUAAUGGGACCACCGCUGCUCUCUCUUCUGACCCUGGCAAUCUUCUUCAUACCCAAAAGUUCAGAUUCUUGGACAAAGCUUGCAUAAGAGUUAGCCAAGACGCAGGCACAAAAGAAUCCCCAUGGACACUAUGCACCAUUACUCAAGUGGAGCAAGCAAAAACACUUCUCUCAGUCAUUCCCAUCUUUGCUUGCACCAUUGUUUUCAACACCAUUUUAGCUCAACUCCAAACUUUCUCAGUCCAACAAGGAAGUAUAAUGGACACACACCUAACAAAAUCCUUCCAAAUCCCCCCAGCCUCCCUCCAAUCCAUCCCUUACAUAAUCCUCAUCUUCCUCGUCCCGCUAUACGACACUUUCUUCGUCCCUUUCGCCCGGAGAUUCACCGGCCACAUCUCCGGUAUCUCCCCCUUGCAAAGAAUAGGGUUCGGCCUGUUUUUCGCGACGUUCUCGAUGGUUUCGGCUGCCCUAAUGGAGAAGAAGAGGAGGGACUCAUUUCUCAACUCAGACAGGACCAUUUCCAUCUUCUGGAUCACCCCUCAGUUCUUGAUCUUCGGACUGUCGGAGAUGUUCACCGCCAUAGGCCUCAUCGAGUUCUUCUACAAGCAAUCCUUGAAAGGGAUGCAGGCUUUCUUGACGGCCAUGACAUAUUGCUCCUACUCUUUUGGCUUCUAUUUCAGCUCGGUUCUGGUUUCUCUCGUCAACAAGAUCACCUCCAACUCUAAUGGAUCAGGUUGGCUUAGUGACAAUAAUCUCAACAAAGACAGGCUUGAUCUCUUCUAUUGGCUAUUAGCAGUCCUUAGUUUCCUCAACUUUCUCAACUAUCUCUUUUGGUCUAGAUGGUAUUCAUAUAAUCCAUCUAUAUCAACUAGUGGGAAUGGUGGUCACCACAACAUGGAUGACCAAAAUAAGCUCCAUACCUCCAAUUUGUCAAAAAGUAAUAAUGUCCAAUUGGAUGAUGAGAAUAUACCUUAGUUGUGACAAUUAUGUUAUGAUAAUAUAUAUAUAUAAAUAUAUAUAUAUAUAUGCUAGAUUUUAUUGGUCUAGCAGGGUCUAUAUAUUGUGUAAUAUAUUUAAGUAGAGUCUAAGAAUCAUUCAAGGAUGGGAAAUUCAAGUAGUGCUCUCUUGAGGCUUGGUUUAUGUACAGAAAUAUAAUGCUACGUAAGGCACAAUAUAUGGUAAAAGUUACAA